CUCCUCCGGAACCGGAACAACGCCAACCGCCGAAUCUCCAAAACUUCAAGAUUCAACCUUGCGAAUGCGACGCCAGCACCAGUUGACCUCGGAAAUCCCCCAUACGCACCGCCUCCGACCGACGAAUUGUCCAACGACGAAUCCGAUCGUUUUUGUCUCUAAUUUCUCGCCAUGAGACCUACACAAGCCCUGUCGGUCGGCCGAUACCGCCACCUCAGACUCACAACCAAGGAUGUUGGAAAAGGCUUCUACAAGGGUAACCGUACUGGUUCCAUGGGUCGACACACAAAGUAUGGAGGCUACGUUAUCGAGUGGAACAAGGUCCGAACAUAUGCUGUGCCACCGCUGAAGGAUUUCAAGCUUACACCCUUCGUGAGCCGACAAGUCAAGGCGGAGCCUGGUGACUAUAAGGGUCUCGAUAAGGGUCCUCAAGAUCCUUACUUCUACGUUGAGCAAUGGAAACGAUUCAACGGUGUGGAUUAAACAAGCGAAAAAUGGCGGUCAUAGAAUUGGAUGAUUUCGACAGAAGGCGAAUCUAGAAUGCCAGCUGGAGACUUGGGAAUCUCUGGCAAGGCUGUAUAUACCCGUGUACAUUGUACCACCAUGUAUGAUUAUGGACUCAUUCGAUCAAUAACGAACAAAAAAGACUUGAACAAUCCUAUUCUUUGUGGAAUGAUGACUAUGGAUAUUGAUUACAAAGGAAACAAAACGAUGACAAUGAUUGUGCUUUGACACGGGAUAUCCUAAUUGAACAAAACUGAACAAUUGACUGUAUCCAACCUUGCGCCAAAAAGAACUCCUUUUUAUGAAUCCUCCUCUUUCUUGGCUCGGGGCAGCUCCUCUUGAGCCGUGACAAAUGUGUCUAAACCAGGUCGCUCCAAAGGCGUGGCAACCAAGCCUGGUUCGUCAUUUAUGCGGUUCUUCUCUUUUCCAACCCCGUUCUCUUCGUUCUUCUCAACUGGUUCUGAAACCUGAAUAUUUGGGCUCAUCGGCCUCGAGGUGGGCAUGGCGGUAACAUUCGACUGUAAGGUCUUCAUACUGGCAGUGUCUGCCUCCCUUUUAAGGCUGAAUGGAACUGCUGUGCCGUCUAGGAACGGUCGCUUGCCUGCAAUCUCAAUAGUUGGUGCAUCUUGAGAAGUAAGUUGAGUUGACUGAGAAGGCUGAGUUGAAUCAUCAUCCUGAAAGCUUGGACUCAUAGGUCGUGAGCCUGGAAGUUGCGUGACGUUGGACUGAAGCGUCAUCAUACUAGCCGUCUCGGCAUCCUUAUUAAGACUGAACGGCAGUGCGAUGCCAUCGAGAAACGGUCUCUUACCAGCUACACCAGUCUCCGGCGCAUAGUCGGGGCUGAGUAGACUGGGCUUCGCAGCUUCUUGCUCCUUUCGCUGCUCUAUGAGAUGAGCAACUGGCAUAUCCUCGGUGAUGGGCUGGCUACCCGUCUGGUUCUCGUCGGUGACUACCUUGGUGUGAGAUCGGCUUCGUGCUCGGUUCGGUUGUGACCGUGAUCUAUCCUGUCCUUCAAUAUCAGCAAAGGAGCGAGCUCCUUCGCCCUCAGCACCAGUGGCAACUCUUGUCUCUGGCUGUCCAGCUGCCUUCUUCUCUCGUUCGACUGUCAUUUCGUCGUGUUUAGAUCCCCAGAGUGACCACAUUGCCAGACCCCAGCUCUUCUGUUGUUUCUUGCUUCCUUCUACCAGCUUUGAAUCAACGCGCCGUCGGCCUGCCAAUGCAGUCGGGGGAGGGCAUUCGCCAGGACCAUAAUCAUGGUAGCCGAUGGCCAUAUCGCUCACCAUCUUUUUAUGGACCUUGGCCUUGUUUGAUGCAUAUCUAUGAUCCCACUCUGCCUUCUUGGCCAGCCAUUUCUUAACUGUUCCCUCCUUUACAACUCCAACCAAAGCAGGUUCCAUACAACAUGAUGGCAACUCAGCCUCAGGAGCCAACGGGAGAGUAGCACCAUGACGAGUAACUCUUUGUCGAAUCAUGUGGUUCUUGAACGGUGGGAGAGGGUCGCCAGCCUUUCCAACCUGGCCAGGCUCCGAGUGAAAGUCUGAGUUUUCUGUUUCUGGGGUUUUAGGAGGUUUUUUUUUGGAUUCGCUAUCGGAUCCAGAUUCAGAGAUGACGGAUAUAUCGUCGUCGUCAAGAAUUUCGAUGCCACGUUUCUGAGCCCGAGCGAGAGCCCAUGCACCGAAUUGGGCAACAGACCUGUACAUGUAUUUCGCGGGACGAGUGAAACUCAGUGUCGGUGCCACAUGACAAAGGUCAUCCCAAACUUGGAGUUGGACAUCGGUGGGCUUGUACUUUUGCAACAAAGCUCUUCCUUCUGGGGUGAGAGCUUCUUCCGGAGGCGCAUACUUUUCAGGGUUGGCACAUUUGUGAGCUAGGUAUAUCUGCUCAUCUCGUAAAAUUUCCCCUCCUCCUACCAUGAUCAGGAGUGGAGGGAGUCCUCCUAGUGUAGGUUGCAUGACUGGGCUGACAAGAGGAUGUGCAAGAAGCUCGUUGGUGGUAUACAUCUGAGGUUGUCAGUUUCUGGUCAAACUCAUCUUUUACGAAACCUAC